AUGCCUGUUAUAUACGGGCCACAACCUUUGAAACGGCUAAACACCGAAACGAGGCAUGGGUUUGACGAGCAAUACUCUUCAGAGCAAUAUCUAGAGUCAUUAGAGAAUGAUUUUAUCUUCUACUAUGAUGACAAGAGACACAAGACUAACGGAAAUCCAACUCCUGAUGAUGUUAAGGAAAAAGAUGAAGAGCACUAUUAUCAGCCAAUCUAUGAUUGGAAAAUUAUGAAGGAGAGGCAAAAAACUGUGUCUGCUGCUCUUUUGCUGUGUUUAAAUUUGGGUGUCGAUCCUCCCGAUGUUGUAAAAACACAUCCAUGUGCAAGACUAGAAUCAUGGGUUGACCCGUUAAAUUUUCAAGACUCUAAAAAGGCAAUCGAGCAGAUUGGUAAGAAUCUUCAAUCCCACUACGAAACUCUAUCUCUCAGAACGCGUUAUAAGCAAUCAUUGGAUCCGUGUGUUGAAGAUGUUAAACGUUUUUGUAAUUUUCUGCGGAGAGCAUCCAAAGACGAGCGGAUUCUAUUCCAUUAUAACGGCCAUGGAGUUCCACAACCAACUACUUCGGGUGAAAUGUGGGUAUUCAAUCGUGGUUACACGCAGUAUAUCCCCGUGUCGCUUUAUGAUCUCCAAACUUGGCUAGGAGCUCCCUGUAUUUACGUUUAUGACUGCAACAGUGCAGGAAAUAUUGUUUCGAAUUUUCAAAAAUUCGUUCAGAAGAGAAUCAAGGAUGACCAAGAAGGCAAUCAUGAUAUCGCAGCUCCCUCUCCAACUCAGGCAUACAUGGAUUGUAUCCAGUUAGCGUCGUGUGAGGCCAAUGAGCUCUUACCGAUGAAUCCUGAACUUCCCGCGGAUCUAUUCACUUGCUGUCUCACUUGUCCGAUUGAAAUUAGUGUCGAAAUAUUUCUAAUGCAGUCACCAUUGCGAGAAACAAAAUAUUCUAUGUUAUUUCAGGAUCAAGAUAAAAGAAAGCAUGCUGAAAACGAUAAAUUCGCAUCACGAAUGCCCAACAUAACAAUUCCUGGUAAAUUAUCUGACAGAAGAACCCCACUGGGGGAAUUGAAUUGGAUUUUCACAGCGAUAACUGAUACUAUUGCAUGGACAUCUCUACCUCGUCCUCUAUUUAAGAAACUUUUCAGGCAUGACCUCAUGGUCGCGGCACUAUUCCGAAACUUUUUGCUGGCAAAGAGAAUUAUGCCUUGGUAUAAUUGUCAUCCGGUGUCCGAUCCGCCUCUACCUGACUCAAUCGCCGAGCAUGCGAUGUGGAAGUCAUGGGAUUUGGCUAUUGAUGAAGUUUUGAGUAAUCUUGUCAAAGAUUUGAAAGAUUCGCCAUUAGUUCCUGGUGACUUAGAAGCCCAAAUAAUAUUGCAAGAACAACAGUCCCAUAUUAAAGAAAGCAAUAGUGAUGAUGCUUUAAGAUCCAAAGCGCCAGCUGGAACUCUCAGCACUAUGUCGCUAGUAAAUCAGCAACUGGGUAGCUUAACCCAAAUUUCCCAACAACAAUUGGCACAACAACAACAACAGCAACAACAACAGCAGCAGCAGCAACAGCAGCAGCAGUUUACAGGCUUUUUCGAACAAAACUUGACAGCAUUCGAACUUUGGUUAAAGUAUGGCUCCAAUACGAGGCACCCACCCGAGCAACUGCCGAUUGUGUUGCAAGUACUUUUGUCUCAGGUACAUAGAGUUCGUGCUCUUGUUCUAUUGUCGAGGUUUUUGGAUUUGGGACCUUGGGCAGUCUAUUUGUCGUUGUCGAUCGGUAUUUUCCCUUACGUUUUAAAGCUGCUACAAAGUCCGGCUCAGGAACUUCGACCCAUUCUUGUUUUUAUAUGGGCAAGGAUUAUGUCCAUUGAUUACAAGAACACUCAGGCAGAGCUAAUCAAGGAAAAAGGGUAUUUAUAUUUUGUGAAAAUGUUAGUUCCUGAAUGGGGAAUGGGACUAUCCCCCCAGAUUCAGAGGACUUCCAGUACUGGCGGUGGUUUGACAAUGAAUGUAAAUGCAAGCUUGGGCACACAAAGGUAUCAGCUUUAUCAAUCAUUGCAACCGAAUGCUAAUAUCAAUACCAAUGCAAUUGUUAACAACACUACAGAUGAACAAAAAGCGAUGGCAAUGUUUGUACUCUCCUCCUUCGUGCGCGAUUUUCCUGCCGGUCAGAGGUGUUGCUUCUCCAUUGAUUUGGUCAGCAAGCUAUGCUUUUAUAUAGAAAGUUCUGAGAUUCCCCUGUUACGGCAGUGGUGCAUCAUACUUAUGGGUCAAUUAUACGUCAAGAACCCAUUAAACAAAUUUAUUUGCAUGACAGGGGGUUAUUUGGAUAAGGUCUUCACCUCCCUAAGAGACCCAGUUCCUGAGGUUCGUUGCGCUGCGCUACUAGCGAUUAAAAUGUUCGUGUCUGAUAUCGAUGAACCAGAAUUAGCGUUAACACUGCAGCAGGAUCUUCAACAACAAAUCCAGCAGCUACAAGAACAGUUGCAGUCUUUACAAUCGUCCAGUCAGAUGCAACGUCAACAAGCUCAAAUAGAACAGCAAUUGCAACAGUAUCAACUGUCGCUAAAUCAACUGCGUAAUAUGGACUCAAGACAGCUGAAAAGGGAAGAAAUAAAGAUGACCAUUUCUGCUUUAGCUUUAGUUAAUGAUGGAUCACCUAUGGUUAGAAAAGAGCUCGUGAUUUUUCUUUCGCAGAUCGUCAACCGAUACAUUAAUUUCUUCAUUGUUAUUGCAUUUAAUGAGCUAUGUGACGAAAUUGUCCAACUUGAAGCAUCUAACGCAGAAUCCGGAAAUGCUGAAAUGAAGCAAUCUGUGGCUCACGGAUCGAUAUUCAAUACUGUGUGGAAGGCACUAUUAAUUUUAGCAGAAGAUCCCUAUCUAGAAAACAAGUACCUGGCGCAACAGGUAGUGGAUUCCAUAUUAAUGAAGUUAAGUGAUCAUGAACAGUUAAAUGAAGUUGUUUUGGCGAUGGAGCAGUAUCUCAUAAAGCAUACAGCAACCAGUUCAAUAACACCUAAUUCACUAACUUCUGCUGCUACUCUCCCCGCACUCAAAAGGCCAUUAAGUCUCUCUAAUAAUAAUAAGGAUGAAGAUUCAACACAGAGGGUUCCCGAAAAAUCAAAUGCUUCAAGAAGGUCGAUAUCUCUCAGCGGUUUAUUGAAAACGCUUGGAUUUGAAAGCGGUUCCGAAGAUGACUCCCAAAAGUCUUCAACAUCCCGUGGAUAUAAAGCACAGAGCAUGUACCUAUUGAGCGUUCCACAUGGAGUUGCGCCAACGGCUGUAACACCUCGUUUUAGGAAGCAUAAAGGUACUAUUGAGCUUCCUUUAAAAAGUUCAUUUUUGGAUUACUCUCGUGAAUACUUCCAGGAACCUCAGAUGAAGAGACAGGAAGCUGAUGAGCCAGGUAGUCUUGAAUACACUGCAAGAGUUUGGAGAAGGAAUCGUAACGAAGGUAUCAUUCAAAAAACACAAGCGGAAAAGAAGCUGUCCUUGUAUGGCGACUGGUCACAUAGCAUUGCAACUUUGGAUAAUAAAACGCAACCUAAGAUCUUACGAUUUUCACAAUUUGAAAACUAUAUUGUAUCAGCGGAUGAUAGAGAUACCAUUACAGUCUUUGAUUGGGCAGAGAAGUCCAAGCUCUGUCUCUUUUCCAAUGGAAACCCGUUCGGAACUAAAAUAACAGAUAUGAAGUUUUUGAAUGAAGAUGAUACACCUCUGUUGUUAGCAGGAUCUUCAGAUGGUAUUGUUAAGAUCUAUCGUGAUUUUCAUGACGUAGACGCUUUGGAAUUAGUGUCAUCGUGGCGGGGAUUGACCGAUUUGCUAUUAACUCCACGAUCUACUGGUUUACUGACUGAGUGGCAACAAAGCAGAGGUUCGCUUUUAGUUACAGGAGAUGUCAAAAUUAUUCGAGUUUGGGAUGCUCUGACGGAAAGUAUUGAAGUCGAUAUUCCUGCUAAAUCUUCAUCACUAAUCACAUCCCUGACAUCGGACCAACUCUCAGGAAAUAUAUUCGUAGCUGGUUUUUCUGAUGGUUCAAUACGAACCUAUGACCGCAGAAUGGACCCCCGCGAUUCAAUGAUCCGUCUCUGGAGAACAGCAGGUGGUAAGCAGAGCUCAUGGAUAACUAAUGUUCACCUGCAAAGAGGCGGAUAUAGAGAACUUAUUAGUGGGACCGGUAAUGGUAUUGUUGAACUAUGGGAUAUAAGACAUCAAGAUCCUCUCUUGUCAUUCCAAGAUGAGGGCGAUCAGAACUCCGGGAAUAAACGGUUGACAACCAUGACUUCUUUGCAAGCGCAUGAACAUGCGCCAGUAAUUGCAACCGGAACCAAACAGAUCAAAAUAUGGACCACAUCUGGCGAUCUGCUCACGGCAUUCCGUAACAAUGUACAUGGUAUGGCCGGAACUCUUGCGACUGGGAUAGGUGCUUCUAGAGUUUCUGGUUCAUUUGUGUCUGCAAUGGCAUUUCAUCCUCAUAGGAUGAUUUUGGGGGCAACUAACUCUCAUAGUUCUCACAUUAAUAUUUAUGAGUGUCAUGAUAACAAGACGGAAUACUUUUACUAUUAG